CUUCCUCUCGUCACGGCCAGCGCCUCCUCUACGCUUCAUUCAUUCAUUCCUCCCCCCCCCCCCUUCAUUCACGGAGGUAGCGAGGCCUAGUUAGAAGCCAUGGAGAGCGCUGUGCCCGCCGCCGGCUUCCUGUACUGGGUGGGCGCGAGCACGGUGGCCUACGUGGUCCUGCGCGUCUCGUACUCGCUCUUCACGGCCUUCCGGGUCUGGGGUGUGGGUCACGAGGCCGGGGUCGGCCCGUGGCUCGGUGCCUGGGCAGUUGUCACAGGCAGUACUGAUGGAAUUGGAAAAUCAUAUGCCGAAGAGUUAGCAAAGCGUGGAAUGAAGAUUGUCUUAAUCAGCAGAUCACAGGAUAAACUGAACCAAGUUUCCAGUGAUAUAAAAGAAAAAUUCAAAGUGGAGACAAGGACCAUUGCUGUUGAUUUCACUUCAGAAGAUAUUUAUGAUAAAAUUAAAACAGGCCUGACAGGUCUGGAAGUUGGUCUUCUAGUGAAUAAUGUGGGAAUGUCAUAUGAGUAUCCUGAGUACUUUUUGGAUGUUCCUGACUUGGACAAUACUAUCAAGAAACUGAUAAAUACAAAUAUUCUUUCUGUUUGUAAGGUGACACGAUUGGUGCUGCCUGGCAUGGUAGAAAGAUCUAAAGGGGUGAUUCUGAAUAUCUCCUCUGCCAGUGGCAUGCUCCCAGUUCCACUGUUGACCAUCUACUCUGCAACCAAGGCUUUUGUAGAUUUCUUCUCUCAGUGCCUCCAUGAGGAGUAUAAGAGCAAGGGCAUCUUUGUGCAGAGUGUCCUGCCAUACUUCAUAGCUACUAAAUUGGCUAAAAUCCGAAAGCCAACCUUCGAUAAGCCUUCUCCAGACACAUUUGUGAAAUCUGCAAUUAAAACAGUAGGCUUGCAGUCCAGAACCACUGGGUACCUGAUCCACACUCUCAUGGGCUCAGUAAACUCAAUCCUGCCUCGUUGGAUGUAUUUUAAAAUAACGAUGGGUUUCAACAAGGCCGUACGAGCACGCUAUCUGAAGAAAACAAAGAAAAAUUGAGAGUGGUUUACUCUUGAGUCACCUGGCCAGAUGUUUUGGCCUUUAUAUAUUCACUGCAAGGUACCUGCCGGUCCCCAGAAUCUGUAUUUGUCUUAGUAAUUACUAACAUGGCUCACUUUUGGGGAAAAAACAAACAAACAAGAUGCUUUUAGAGUUCCUGAUACAUACUCUGGCUUGUAAUUUCAAUGUUUAAUAUAAAUGCUCAUGCCAAAUGGAUAUAAAACUAAUAUUACCAAGAACGUAAUAAGAAGGGAUGAUAGAGUCAAAAGUGAAACUCAACAGUUUCACCUACUCAAUACCAGUGAUUAUUAUUCUAGCAUUUUCUGUGAAACGCUAUUAAACAAUGUAACGGCUA